AGCAGUUCUUUGUCACUCUAUCAUCAACAUAUGAACCACACCAAAAAAGAACAAAAUCGUAGAUAAUGAUCAUGCAAAACCGACCGUUGGAUCUUACUUUCGAUUUCAAACCACAUAAAUCUUAGUGACUGAGCUAAAAAACUGAAAUUUUUUAAAAGGCAAGACCUCCUCUGUUUCCAUAUUCUCACCACAGAAGAACUCUUGAGGCUUUCUCUUUUCUCUACCAUGGCGAAACCGGUGUCCAUUGAAGUGUAUAAUCCUAAUGGGAAAUACAGAGUUGUUAGCACAAAACCGAUGCCUGGAACUCGCUGGAUCAAUCUCUUGGUAGACCAAGGUUGUCGCGUUGAGAUAUGUCAUUUGAAGAAGACAAUCUUGUCUGUAGAAGAUAUCAUUGAUCUGAUCGGAGACAAGUGUGAUGGAGUCAUCGGUCAGUUGACGGAAGAUUGGGGAGAGACUCUGUUCUCAGCUUUGAGCAAAGCUGGAGGGAAAGCUUUCAGUAACAUGGCCGUUGGUUAUAACAACGUUGAUGUUGAAGCUGCCAAUAAGUAUGGAAUUGCUGUCGGUAACACUCCGGGAGUGUUGACUGAGACGACGGCUGAACUAGCUGCUUCUCUUUCCUUGGCUGCUGCAAGAAGAAUUGUUGAAGCCGACGAAUUCAUGAGAGGUGGCUUGUACGAGGGAUGGCUUCCUCAUCUGUUUGUGGGGAACUUACUUAAAGGACAGACUGUUGGAGUUAUUGGAGCUGGACGUAUUGGAUCUGCUUAUGCUAGAAUGAUGGUGGAAGGGUUCAAGAUGAAUUUGAUCUACUUUGAUCUUUACCAAUCCACUCGUCUUGAGAAAUUUGUGACAGCUUAUGGACAGUUCUUGAAAGCAAAUGGAGAACAACCUGUGACAUGGAAACGAGCUUCGUCCAUGGAGGAGGUGCUGCGUGAGGCUGAUCUGAUAAGUCUUCACCCGGUGCUGGACAAAACCACUUACCAUCUUGUCAACAAGGAGAGGCUUGCCAUGAUGAAAAAGGAAGCAAUCCUUGUGAACUGCAGCAGAGGUCCUGUGAUCGAUGAGGCAGCUUUGGUCGAACAUCUCAAAGAGAACCCGAUGUUCCGAGUUGGUCUCGAUGUGUUCGAGGAAGAGCCAUUCAUGAAACCAGGGCUUGCUGAUACGAAAAACGCUAUUGUUGUUCCUCACAUUGCUUCUGCUUCCAAGUGGACUCGUGAAGGAAUGGCUACGCUUGCAGCUCUCAACGUCCUCGGAAGAGUCAAAGGGUACCCGAUUUGGCAUGACCCGAACCGAGUCGAUCCAUUCUUGAACGAAAACGCUUCACCGCCCAAUGCCAGUCCAAGCAUCGUCAACUCAAAGGCCUUAGGAUUGCCUGUUUCGAAGCUAUGAGUUAAGUAUGAAGAAGGGGAGAUUUGGAAGAAUCCUUUUAGUGAAUAUAUGAUGGUGUCAAGUUGUGUUUAUGUAUUGUAUAUGAAACAACCAUGUUGGAUCAUAUAAAUCACUCCUUUAAAGUGUUACAUUGUUGAUGAGUCUAUUAGACGAUUACCCACUCUCUUUAUUUCAUAAAUUUGCUAAGAAUACAAUUUCUAAGUCAUCAAGAAUUUCAUCUCUAGUUGUAGGAUUUGUACUCAUGAAUCUACCAUCCAUUCCCGUUUGUAAACUUCACAGAACAGUUUUGAAACUUUAAAAAAUCUGAUUUAUGACACAAAACGGUAAUAGAAU